UAUUGUGAAACUGACCCCAACAUAAAACGGAAGUAAAAGUUAGUACUUCCACCAUCGUCAUAGCUGUUUGGCUGUUGGCAACGCUAGCAUCACUGCUGUUCUGGUCAAAAAGGCCAAAUAGCACAAGCAUCAUGUUGCGACUGCCAACUUUUUCACGGUCUCUCCUCGGAGCUGCCAAGGGCAGUCUUGCCCUACCCAACACGGUUCGUACUGCAGCAAAUGCUGCUAGUAACAUGGUUGAAGUGUUUGUGGAUGGAACACCAGUGGAAGUGGAGAUUGGAACCACUGUUCUCCAGGCAUGUGAGAAGGUUGGAAUCCAGAUUCCCAGGUUCUGUUAUCAUGAGCGCCUCUCUGUGGCAGGAAACUGCCGUAUGUGUUUGGUGGAGAUAGAAAAGGCACCAAAGCCAGUUGCAGCUUGUGCAAUGCCUGUUAUGAAAGGAUGGAACAUUCUAACCAACUCAGAGAAAACACGUAAAGCAAGGGAAGGAGUGAUGGAGUUCCUUCUGGCAAACCACCCUCUAGACUGUCCCAUCUGUGAUCAGGGAGGCGAGUGUGACCUACAGGAUCAGUCCAUGCAGUUUGGCUCCGACCGCAGUCGUUUCUCAGAAGAGAAGCGGGCAGUGGAGGACAAAAACAUUGGGCCACUUAUUAAAACCAUCAUGACCCGUUGCAUUCAGUGCACACGCUGUGUUCGUUUUGCCAGUGAGAUUGCUGGUGUUGAAGACCUCGGAACGACAGGAAGAGGGAACAACUUGCAGAUUGGGACUUAUGUUGAGAAGAUGUUCAUGUCAGAGCUGUCUGGUAAUGUUAUUGAUAUCUGUCCUGUUGGAGCCCUCACCUCGAAACCCUACGCUUUUACUGCGCGACCAUGGGAAACCAGGAAAACUGAGUCCAUAGACGUGUUGGAUGCUGUGGGCAGCAACAUUGUGGUGAGCACUAGAGGCGGUGAGGUCAUGAGAGUGAUGCCCAGGCUGAAUGAAGACAUCAAUGAAGAAUGGAUCUCUGACAAGACUAGAUUUUCAUAUGAUGGACUCAAGAGACAGAGGUUGACCCAACCAAUGAUUAAAGAUCAGUCUGGUCAGCUGACACCCACCAACUGGGAGAAUGCACUCAGUUAUGUUGCUGCAGCAUUGCUGAGUGUGCAGGGCACUGAGGUUGCAGCCAUUGCAGGAGGAAUGGCUGAUGCAGAAGCUCUGGUCUCUCUGAAGGAUCUCCUCAACAGACGAGGUGCAGAAAAUCUCUGCACUGAGGAGGUUUUCCCUUUGGCAGGAGCCGGCACUGAUCUGCGCUCUAACUACCUGUUAAAUUCUGGUAUUGCUGGAAUUGAGGAAUGUGAUCUGCUGUUGCUCAUUGGAACCAACCCACGUUAUGAAGCUCCACUGUUUAACGCCCGAAUCCGCAAGAGCUGGCUUCACAAUGAGCUGCGUAUUGCCAUGGUUGGUCACAGCGUUGAUCUGAGCUACACCUACGACCACCUGGGAGAGGACACGUCAGUACUUCAGGAACUGGCUAACAACACACACCCUUUCUGCCAGGUCCUUUCUGCUGCCAAGCGACCCAUUGUAGUUGUGGGCAGCAGCGCUUUGCAGAGAGAAGAUGGAGCUGCUAUUUUAAGUGCUGUUUCUACCAUUGCUCAGAACGUCAGAACCAGCAACAGCGGAAACGAGCAGUGGAAAGUCCUCAACGUCCUGCACAGAGUGGCAAGUCAAGUAGCUGCUUUGGAUCUGGGUUAUAAGGCCGGUGUGGAUGCCAUCAGAAAAAAUCCCCCGAAAGUUUUGUUCCUGCUCGGAGCAGACGCUGACUGCAUCACCAGAGCUGACCUGCCCAAACACAGUUUAAUCAUCUAUCAGGGUCAUCACGGUGACGUCGGAGCAACUAUGGCAGACGUCAUUCUGCCUGGCGCAGCAUACACAGAGAAAAAUGCCACAUAUGUGAACACUGAAGGAAGGAGCCAGCAUACCCGUGUGGCUGUGACUCCUCCUGGAUUGGCCAGAGAAGACUGGAAGAUAAUCCGAGCUAUUUCUGAACUGGCUGAUGCAACGCUGCCCUACGACACAUUGGAUGAGGUGCGGUCACGGCUAGCUGAAGUUUCUCCUAAUUUGAUUCGUUAUGAGGAUAUGGAGGAGGCCAACUACUUCAAACAGGCAAACGAGCUGGCCAAGGCGGUGAAACAGGACCUCCUGGCAGCCCCUCUGGUACCUCCACAGCUUGAACUAAAAGACUUCUUCAUGACAGACUCUAUCAGCAGAGCCUCACAGACGAUGGCCAAAUGUGUCAAAGCGGUCACAGAAGGAGCUGCCGCCGUGGACGAGCCAUCAGUUUGCUAAACAUCCAGGUUCUACCUUGUACAAAUAAACUUCUGUGAUUUAAAGAGAAAAUUGAAAUAGCUUGGUGUUGUAUGUUAAACUUUAAUUAUUUCCCCUCAUGUGAUCUGUUGAUCAUUAAAGAGUAUGACAAAAAAAUGUCAAAA